AGAGAGAGAGAGAGAGAGAGAGAGAGAGUUCAGUGCUGGGUGGGUGAUUUUUCUGAGUUCAGAAGCUCUGAAGAUUUUGGGGGUUUUGUUAUGAGAGCCUUUCCUAGGUGGGUUUUGUGGAAAAAGGUGUGAACUUUCUUUUGCUUUUACCUAAUUGGAUUCUCUGAUAUGGGUGGGUGUUUUCCUUGUUUUGGAUCAUCCAACAAGGAGGAAAGUGGUGGUGGUGGGUUGAAGAAGGAAGUGGCAAAAAAGGAAUCUUUCAAGGAAUCGUCAGCUCCUCAGGUUCAUCACCCCAGCAGGGUUAGCUCAGAUAAAUCAAAGUCACGUUGUAGCUCAGAUCCUAAGAAGGAAACACCAGUUCCGAAGGAUGGGCCAACUGCUCAUAUUGCUGCUCAAACAUUUACAUUCCGAGAGCUUGCAGCUGCUACAAAGAAUUUUAGGCCAGAAUGUUUACUUGGGGAAGGAGGUUUUGGGCGCGUUUACAAGGGUCGGCUUGAGAACACAGGACAGGUAGUUGCUGUAAAGCAACUUGAUCGAAAUGGUCUUCAAGGGAAUCGGGAGUUUUUGGUGGAGGUUCUCAUGCUUAGUCUCUUACAUCACCCUAAUCUGGUGAACUUAAUCGGUUAUUGUGCUGAUGGUGAUCAGCGGCUCCUUGUUUAUGAAUUCAUGCCAUUGGGAUCUUUGGAGGAUCAUUUACAUGCUGAAAAUAUAAUGACCUACAGAUUGGCAAGAUGCCAUAAUUCAGCAAAUCGUUUUGAAAGUGCAUUGUUCAAUACAAUGUUAUUUCACUUAACCAAUCUCCCUCCUGACAAGGAGCCUCUGGACUGGAACACUAGGAUGAAAAUAGCAGCUGGUGCAGCAAAGGGAUUGGAAUAUUUGCAUGACAAGGCAAACCCCCCUGUGAUAUAUAGAGACUUAAAAUCUUCUAACAUCCUGCUAGAUGAGGGUUAUCAUCCCAAGUUAUCGGAUUUUGGACUAGCUAAACUUGGUCCUGUUGGUGACAAGACACAUGUAUCCACACGAGUAAUGGGAACAUAUGGUUAUUGUGCACCAGAAUAUGCUAUGACUGGUCAACUCACUCUGAAGUCCGAUGUUUACAGCUUUGGAGUUGUGUUCCUUGAACUUAUUACGGGGCGCAAGGCUAUUGACAAUACACGUGCACAUGGAGAGCAUAAUCUUGUUGCUUGGGCUCGGCCUCUUUUCAAAGAUCGUAGAAAGUUCCCCAAAAUGGCUGAUCCUCUACUCCAAGGCCGAUAUCCAAUGCGAGGACUGUACCAAGCACUGGCAGUUGCAGCAAUGUGCUUGCAGGAACAAGCUGCCACAAGGCCUCUUAUUGGGGAUGUCGUAACUGCUCUCACAUAUCUGGCCUCCCAGACAUAUGAACCAAAUGUAGCCAAUCAGUCCAACAGACUCGGUCCAUCUACCCCCCGGAGCAGGGAUGACAGAAGGAGCAUGAUAGAUGGUGUGGAUAGCCCAGACCGGGGGCGUCUCGGCUCCCCUUCCACCCACAGAAACUCACCUGAUUACAGGAGGAGAGACAAUAGGGAACUGAGUGUUGGGACAGAGUUAGGCAGGAGUGUCUCUGGCAGCGGUGGGUCGGGGAGGAAAUGGGGACUGGAUGAUUUAGAAAGGCAAGAUUCUCGUAGAGACAGCCCUGUAAAUACUGCAAGAGCUAGGGAGACGCCAAGGAACCGUGACCUAGACAGGGAACGCGCUGUUGCAGAAGCGAAAGUAUGGGGUGAGAAUUGGAGGGAAAAGAAGAGAGCAAAUGCCAUGGGAAGCUUUGAUGCCACAAAUGAGUGAACACAAACAAACACCGGUUCGGUUUGGUGUUCAUCUUCUCGUUGAAGAGAUGCAUAUGAUUAGAGUCACAGGAGAGGAAUUUACACAAGGGUCUUGUCAUUUAGUUUCUUGGUUUCAUGUUCUAUCCGGGGAAUAAUUUGUUGUGGAUCAUCCAACUUUGACUGUUUCUCCCAUAUUACUCUAGUUAGUUCAUCAUGUGAAGGAAAACAGUACACAGUUGAAAUUUGGAAUAUAUAUAUAUAGGGGGUUGGGGGGUUGAGGAGCUUUAUGGGGAAGUUAAGUUGGUGUGAAUUGGGGUGAUUGAAUGUAACGUUGCAAAAUGUGAAAUCCACAUCCUCAUUCAUGUAAAACGAUUUCCUCGGUUUAUGUUGCAUAUAUAGACUAUAGAGCAACAAAAACGUCUAAUUUUUGGCCCCUCACAUUUGCUGUAUAAUGGUGGGGAAGGUUAGUGGAUUUGGUGUGGUUGUCAUUGCUGUUUUAUGUUAUACUUUCGUACAGUAUGACAGUAUCUAUUGUGUCUA